AGUGCUGGUCGUGGGUGGGGCCAGGCCCGGAGGUGGACCAGACCCGUGUCGUGUACCCCUUCCGCACCGACGCCCGCGGACACGUCAUAUCACCAGAUGUAUCCUCAAGCUUCCAUCCUCCUCACCUCAGAGAUGGCCGCCGAGUCAAGAGAGAUAUCCUCAACAAAACGGCACAAACAUCAGAGGAGAAACUGUAUAUAGUGAUUAAUAAUGACAACGAAGAGCUGUUCCUGAAACUGACCCCUAACACCAACCUGGUGACCCCAUACACGGUGAUAGAGUGGGUAUUGGAGGACGGGAGUCGGGUCCUCAAGCGAGCUACGGGUGAUUGUUUCUACAUCGGGCGACUCAAGUCUACCCGUGAGAGUCUGGUAGCCAUCAGCAACUGUGACGGCCUGACCAUACAGACACAGAACGACAGCUACUUCAUCGAGCCCUUAAAGAGGUAAAGGGAAAGACGAGGCGAGCAGGUCUGGCCCACAACCCCAUCUCAUCUAUAAGGUGCAGUCCAUCACCAGACGCCUCAACCUUUCCCUCCAGCAAGACCAAGAGUUCUAUCACGCGCCAACACGAGACCAGCCCACAAUACUCGAACUAUUGAGGAAGAAGAGGUCUCUACUCCUCAAGAAACUACACGCACGAAGCUCAGAGAAGUUACCUAUGGACUCAGAUUUACAGAGACGUAAAAGAUCUGAGGAAAAUGUGCCGAAGUUCAUGAGAGGGAAGCAGCCUAAGUUUGCCAGGGCGUCAAGGUUAGCGAAGACUGAGAGACACGGCAGGUCAACUGGCAUCAGGACACCGAAAUCUGGGGAAGAAACCGGGUAGAAGCUGAAAGAAACAAGAGAGACAAGAAUACUGGCAGGGCGGCCCAAGACAACGGCAGUAGAGGGAGGCAGUACACGCUGGAGAGCCGUAACUUGACAACCACCACAGACGCUGUUAAUACCCCCCAAGCCGUGACGACAACGCCAGAGAGUGGAACUACCAACAACAGGAGAAGGAAAAACUGCAGACGAAGAGGAACUGGAGAAGAAGACAAUACAGCUAUGGGAGAAGGUGUAAACAGUAUUGAUGAAGACAACGAACUGUGUGAAGACAGAUCAUCAAGAAGGUUAGAUCAGGAAGAACGUGCAACGAGAAGGGGAGAGACGAGAUCGGAGGAGACGAGAAAGGGAAGAAAGAAGGAGAGAAAGGGAGAGAAGGAAACAAGAAGAAAAAAAGGAAAGAAGAAAGAAGGAAUAAACGGAAGGGUUGCCGGAAGAUGCGUAGAAUGAGCAAAGGCGACGAUAAUAAAAUAGCGGAACAGGAGGCUGGUGAAGAGUCAUCUGAGUCUGGUGCUGACGAUGAUGUUAUGUGUCAGGCAAGGAAGGAUAGGAGGAACAAGAGGAAAAGAGGAGAAAGGAAGAAAGACAAGAAGAAGAAGAAGAAGAAGAAAAAGAAACAAAAGACGGAACAUCAAAGAAAAGCGAAGGAUGUCCAAUCAGAAGAAAUCAUGACGUCUGAUCUUCUAAAAGCUCACUCUAGCGUUGUGGACCCCUUUGAAGGCGAUGAGUGGAACGGCUACUCACCUGACCUAUGGGAGACUCAAGUAGCGGCAGGGUCAUCAGGGCUAACAGAGGUGUCCUUUGGCCCCGCCCUGAACGUCUCUGACCCUCAAAAGUGGCUGGAGCUGACGGUGGCUGUCGACCACACCGUCAUCGCCUUCCACGGGGAGGACGAGGUUGAGAAAUAUGUCUUCACACUCUUCAACAUCGUGAGUACUGAGCAGUUGUUUAUUAGGAUUAUGUCUACAGUGUUAUGGCUACUGGCUAUGUCUGCUGGUGCUG